GCCACCCUCUGAGAGCAAUCAAUACUGUGAUCUGGGAACCCCUUCUGUCUUUCAAGACCCCUCUCUCUUUCCCUUUCCCUUUCCCUCUCUCUCUGUCUCUCUUUGCACCCUCUUUUCUCUCCUCCCUUCUUGGAUAGCCACAGCCCCCUAGAGCUGAGUCAGACCUUCCUCUCUUCCACAGCAUUGCAGCACUUCAGCAGAAAAGCCAGCCUUCUGCCUCUCUGCAUCUUCCUUUGCAGCAUCCUCUCCGCUACACAUCUCACCGCCAUGGCCAGCACUGUCUCAGCUUACAAAGAGAAAAUGAAGGAGCUGUCUCUCAUUUCAUUGAUCUGUUCCUGUUUCCACACCCAGCCGCACCCCAAUACCAUCUACCAGUAUGGAGAUAUGGAGGUGAAGCAGCUGGACAAGAGGGCUUCUGGCCAGAGCUUUGAAGUGAUCCUGAAGUCACCUUCGGAUUUGUCCCCCGAGAGCCCCGUCCUCUCCUCUCCCCCCAAGAAGAGGGACAUGUCUCUGGAAGAGCUGCAGAAGAGGCUGGAGGCUGCAGAGGAGAGGAGGAAGAGCCAGGAGGCCCAAGUCCUGAAGCAACUGGCAGAGAAGCGAGAGCAUGAGAGGGAGGUGCUGCACAAGGCAUUGGAAGAGAACAACAACUUCAGCCGGCUGGCUGAGGAGAAGCUCAACUACAAGAUGGAGUUGAGCAAGGAGAUCCGUGAAGCUCACCUAGCUGCCUUGAGGGAGCGACUCCGUGAGAAGGAACUGCAUGCAGCUGAGGUGCGCAGGAACAAGGAGCAACGGGAAGAGAUUUCUGGAUAAAGGGCUUUUGUAUACAACUAGCACCUGCUUCCUAAUAACUAACAAACAAAUUCCAACACUUUUUUUUUUAAUCUAGACGAGGCAACAUCUUAUUUCUGCAUUGCCAUUUCCCUCCCCUUGUCCUCCCCUCCCUUCCUCUGUUGUACUAAGCUACAUCUCUUUCUCUCUCUUUCCCUCUCUUGCCUCUCUGUAUCCUUGACUUGUGGGGUUUCAUAGGGACCCCUCAGCAGAAUAGCAACUAGUUCACAGACACACCCAUUAAAUAUAGAAUCCAUAAACCAGCUUCUCUUUGGGCUCUUCUUCAGAAAAAAAAUCCUAUCAUGAAUGCACAAUAAUUAAGAUGAUACAUCGAAUGCGUUCAGCAAUGUUCUCUAUGAACCAUUCACUGCUAUUUGUCCCAAGCCAAGUAACAAUGUGGGACUGAACAAAGAGGAACCUUUCCUUGUUAAGAAAGGCAAGAGGGACGAUUUCACUCAUCACAUUUUUUUAGCCAUAAAUCUAUGUUUUUGAAGUGUACACUUGAAAUGUAAAGAAAGGGCAACUGUUAUGUUUGUAGACAGAUGUUUUGUCACAUCCAUUUCAAACUAGAAUGGGCUGAGGCUCUCUAGUGGCUAUUGUUUCAGUGCCAAAUCUGGAUCUGCCACCUUUUCAUGGGUCCUAACAGACCUAUGGUUUUCUCAAGAGCAAGACGCAGGGGUUCCCAAACUUUGGUCCCCCAGAUGUUUUGGACUUCAGCUCCCAGAAUUCCUGGAUACUGGCCAAGCUGGCUAGGGCUUCUAGGAGCUGAAGUCCAAAACACUUGAAGGACCAAAGUUUAGUCUCGGACAUAAUCAUGCCAGUAUAAGAUUUCAUUUUCAAAAAAUAAUCUUUAAGAUUAAGAAACACUGUCUUAAACAGUGUCCCCAUGUGAUGAAACCCAGGUUCUAUAUUAAACAAAAUGUAUUGGGCUUAUUCCAGACCCCAACUGUUGAUUCAGUCACUCACAACAAAAAAAAGUGCAUGCCUGCACAAUGACCCAUUAGGUUUGGGUUAAACUAUGCCAGGAAUCACUAACUACACCUUCUUCUAAAGAUGGAAGUAUAUUGACAGAAGCAUUUCAGGAGAUGGAUCUGAGUAACAGUUACGGGGCUCUGUUUUGUUCCUAUUUGUUAGGUUGUAAGGACACGUUAGCCAUCUUUGAUGGUUCUCACUCUGAUAGCUACGAAGGAGAGACUGCUUGGGAAUGAGGAGAGAACAGAAAAGGUUAUAAUUUGUCUCUUGGUUCUGAUUUGUAAAGAUGCAAAGAUACACAUGCAAAAGUAAUUAAAAGCUUAAAAUGCAGUAGUGCCCAUUAGAAGUAGAGUCGAUGGUUGGGUUCGUGCAUCCCUGGUAGUAGUGUUCAGAUAGAACCCUGAAGAGUUGGUAACUGCUUGAACCAAUUUAAAAUGUCAAAUUACAGUAUAUUCAUAGCCUCAUCUGCUGUGUCAGAAACCAAUCUUUAUUGUUUCAACCCAGAGAAAUAAAAGAACAGUAAUUGCAGCAAAACAGAAUGUGUUCACAACAGUGGGAAAUCGGAAUGAUUUCAUGUACUGGCCAGAAAGUAAACCCAAAAAGUGGCUCAGACUUUCAAAGGCUGGAAAUUUGAAGCCUGCCACUGCUUCUAGGUCCAAUCUACCCCAAGAAAGCAAAUUGGAAGACUAUCAACUAUGAAUAUUACUGACUUCAACAGUUUUUCAUUCACAAUAUAAAAUCUGUUUUAAAAACACAAGUCAGAGAAUUAAAUAUUUCUAAAUUGCUGCACAGGUUUAAAAGAUGAACCACUACAUUUAAAAAAAAUCCAAACCAGGCCAGACCCCAUUUCAAAUUCUCCCAGUGCCUCAGUAUCUGAUGCAAGAAAAAUCAGUUAUCAUACUUUGAAAUAGCAUAUGCACAGUUAGUCCUUACCCACAAUUAAACAGAAGCAGCAACUGGGAAAGCACCUUGUCCCCGCCUCUGUACUUCAGGGAACUGAAGCUAUUCAAAUAUCUGCAUCUUGUUCCCAACUGCCGUUUGCAGUGAAUACAUUUUGACAUUUAAACCCAAAUACUAUUUUUGUCUUAAACCACAGCAGUUUAAAAAUCCCAGCUCAGAAAUAUGUGAGAUGUAGUGGUCAUUUCCCUCUUUGCCAUGUGGUUCUAUCAGUGGUCUUUGCAAGUUAUUGUCUCUCAGCCUAAAUGACAUCUUUGCAGGAAGGGUAAAUGACAACUCUCAAUUACUUGGGAUGCAAAACUGGAGUGGAGAAAUGAUAAAACAAUAAGAAAGACUGCCUUGCCUCCUGCACUUGGCAGGUUGAAUGAAGAUGACAGUAGAUAACCAGGUCUAGCAUGAGGUUUAUUGCAGUAGACAGAUCUGCAGGCUAUGUGAAGUGUUAUCCAGACAGUUGGUUUCCAUGCACCCCAGCAUAAAAAAUGUGAUGGAGUAUGGGAGGGAUUACAUCCUAGUGUGUUUGUAUGUGCAUAGAGCUGCAGCUCAACAUCUAUGGCUGAAAGGUAGUUUGGGUUUUGUUUUUAUUCAAUCAACUCUUUGGGUAGGGGGGCAAGAUAGUGGCCAGGAUGUGGGUCAUCCUUCAGAACUGCGGCCUGGUACAGAUGAGUGAAAAGUGCUGGUCUGUGGGCAAGGUGAGGGCUGAGUGUCCCCAUGCUCACAACCCUCCCUGCACUGCCCAGGCGCCAUAAUUGCUCACCCCCAACUAUACAGGGCACACAACGAUGAAGUCCAUUUGCUGCAGUGUCCAAACAGUGCCGUGCUGCACGGACGUUAUCGUUGCAUGCAAGCCGCGCCAAUGGCACCUAGCACACAGCACAAAAAGAACCCGCUGGGAGCAAGUCCUUUUUAGGACUCGCGGAGGCUGCAGAGGUUUGUCUGCUGCGGCCUCCAGCCGGGGCAGAAAGGGGUGGCGUCUCACUGCCCCUUCCUACCUGUCUGUACCAGGCCUAAGUUUCACAGAAGAGACACUGAGACACUCAAAACAGCAACUUAUGGAGUUAGGCCCUUUUUAUCAGUCCCCUACUACAAGGAAAGAGACUGGCACAGAGAGAGAUCAGAAUCAAAUAGUGCUCACUCUAUACUGGACCAAGGAUGCAGGUUAGAUUGGCUAUUGCAUUUAGACAAAAGCAUGACGCUUGUAUCUGUAGUUUUCACUAAAGAACCACUUUGUAAGUUAUAUUUCAUAAUUGAAUAGCAAAAGUUUGCCAAUGGUCCUGCACGGGAAGAAAAGAAAUUAUAUUAAGUAGACCCUUGGUCUUUAUGGUCCAGUAUUGUCAACUUUUGACUGGCAGGAUUCUUUCUAGCCUACCCUGGAGACCCUGAUGGUUUCCUAUCCAAGUAAUAACUAGGUUCAACCUGGCUUUGAUAAGAAGAGAUAAGAUGAGAUUGGUUAUAUCCUAGGUGAUUUGAUGGUAAAAAGAUUAAUUCUACAGAACUCAAGAAGUUCAUCUUUAUUACAGUCAUAGAUCAGUACAGGUAAAAAGGGGAUACAGAAUAAAAGAAGGUAAAAACACAAGUUAAAAACAGUAUUUAAAAUAUCCUUUUAAAUUCCAGUGUAGCAGGGCAAGAUUGGCACUAGUCUACUGUGGAGGUCAUUGCCUGACAAAUUUUAGCUACAGCUGCACAGAAUCUGGCAACAUUAUAUGUUAUAUCAGGGUUGAUGUCUGAAAGCAACAGAGAAGCGUAAAAGUGACUGGUAUGUCCUUGGUAUUUAUGCAAUAAAGAUAAGGCUGAGGCUUAUGUCCCUGUAGUAUGAGCGCUGGAGUAAAACGUGUUCUGUGUGUCUAUUUGGCCAGAGUCACAGGGGCAUAGUCUGUCUGAGAAAGGGAUCUUCUUAUAUUGGCCUUCAAGGACAGCUGAGGGAAGGGCAUGACAUUGUGCCAAAGUAAAGGCUCUCCAGUGUUUAAGUACUCCUGAGUUUUGCUAAGUACACCAUAGGUGAUGCCAAAUAUCUGUUGGCGUCACUAGCAAUAAAAGUGGGGGUGCUAGUUGGGUCCAGCUGUCACUCUUUAUCUAUCACCCAUUGUUUGAUGGUUGUUUUAGCCUUCUCAUAUCCCAUGCUGAGCAAAAGACCUGGAGAAAAGCCCAGUGAAGAAACUUUA